CUUGGGAUUACAGAUUCCGAACGGUAGGUAAGAAGCUCUGCCGUGUUAAAUAGUGUGGUUGACGUAGUAUUUGCUCUCUUUCGUACCAGUGAAUUAAAACUACAAUUUAUGUAUACGAGGUGAUAAAUUUGGAAAGAACUGUUUCCCCUAUUUUGUGAAGUUUUCAUCAUAUCCCAUAAAGGAGCAAGGUUAGAGCCGGAAAUUGUCUUACUGCGAUGGCAAGUCGUUUGCUAGCAUCUGCCCUUAGGGAAACGCACCUAAUACAGAAAGCUGGAGUAGCGUCCUAUAGAGCAAAAAUUGGGAACCGAGAAAUUGUAGGAUAUGGGUUUAAUGGCCAGCCAAGUUAUAUGGACCGAACCGACUUCCCAAUGCCAGCCAUACGAUUCAAGGAGACAACACCAGAUAUUGAGGCUCUGCGACAGAAGGAAAAGGGUGACUGGAGGAAAUUAAGUAUUGAAGAGAAAAAAGCUCUCUACAGGGCAAGCUUUUGUCAAACAUUUGCAGAAAUGCAAGCACCUACAGGAGAGUGGAAAUCUAUUAUUGGAUUUACUCUCAUUGGCGUCUCCCUUUCAUUGUGGAUUUACAUGGCAAUGAAACUAUGGGUGUACAAGCCUCUGCCGUCAACAUUUACUGAGGAGCGCCGGGAAGCCCAGCUCAGGAGAAUGAUUAACUUGCAAGUGAAUCCUGUUGAAGGUCUGGCUUCCAAGUGGGAUUAUGAAAAGAAUGACUGGAAGAAAUGAACAUUUUGAUUGUUAUUAGCUUCUGUCAUGUAGUGUAAAGAUAUGGACGGAUUCCCUUGAAAUUCAAUGUAUAGUAAGCCAGAGUGGAGAAUUAUAACAAAUGUUCCACACGGGUGAUAUUUUAUUUGUGUACACAAAUAUUACUUUAAAGAUGCAAAUUAAUACAGUAUGUCUGCUGGACAAAUGUUGAAUAUUUUGUGUCUGCUGAGAUUGAUUGUUGCAUGAUUUGAAUUAGUAUUAAAAUCAGCUGUUCCUAUAAAAAAUUAGGCAAUAAAAUUGUUUUAAUCACUGGA